GCAUAAUGGCCAUUUUUUGCCUGCACUGAUUUGUAGUUCUGUUCUUUCGUUUUUUUCUCCUUCUUCUCGCCAUUCUUAGCCAGAGGGUUUGUUUAUUAUUCACUCUUUCUCCCACGGAUCUUCUGGGCCAUGGUUCUGAGCGAUAUGUAUCGAAAUGGGACAAACAAAUGUUUGGAUAAAAAGGUCAUACACACACACACACACACCCAUACAUACAUACAUCAAUCAGUCGUGGGCUUAAUUUGCCAAGACGUAAAACAGGGCAGAGGCAACAAGGAUGGAUGGACCACUAUGGACCGCUCGGAUUACAUCCAUUCGCUCUGGGGUGCGUAUGGGUGAAGAAACGAACGACAACACACAAACACACAGACAAAACCAAAGGAAAGGAUGUAGUUCACCCGCACCCGCACCCGUGGACUCAAAACGAGCAAAGGAAAAGCAACAAAAAGGAUCCUUUUUUCGACAGAGAGGACCGUUCGGCGGUCGUUCGCCAUCUACGGUGCCGUAGUUGGAUGUUAAGGAUAAGCGAAAAGGGACAAAGCAAAACAGGACCAACAACAUCAAAACGGCCAGAGUGUGUUUGUGUUGAAAUCACAGCAGUCUGUUCCUCGCUCUUCGAUGCACAUGCAGUUGUAGCAGCAGCAGCAGCAGCAGCAACAUCAGUAGGCGAGCAUUUCAUGUUGCAAUCGUAAGCAUUAGUGCGCAGUCAACACAGUCAAAUCGACUAAUUAGAAGAGCAAGCGAGUUUCGAAUCGAUUCCAUCCUAGCCCUUUGGCGGGUCUUUAAACAAUCCUCUGCUGGCGCUGAGAGCGGACAAUUUGAGCCUUACGCGUACCUGUGCGAUUAGCGUUAGUGAGUGUAUGUGUGUGUGUGUUAUUUUUAAAUCGUUCGUUCGUUCGUUGGCGGUCGGUAGGUCGGUCAGUCGGUCAGUCACUCGGAGAGCGCUGGUAAAAACCCCAGCAAUCGAUUCCGGCCGAAGUAACGUUGGGUUGGGUGGUUUAUGUGGGUCCUUCGACGGACUUCAGCGGUGUGUAGCGGUUGUAUAGCAGCGCGCAAACGACACCCAACAGGUCCCGCCCAGGAUUGUUUGUGACGGUACGGUACGGCGUCACCGUUUGCGUGUCAUGUGGUUCCUGCCGUUUAUUUUUACAAUCGCAUCGAAACACUCCCGGCGCGUUUGGUGGUUGGCGCCUUGCUAGCAACGGAACGAAAAAUAACGCGUUCAGUCGCUCGGACGGCCUUGAAGAGUGCAGUUGGCCGACUACUGGCAGAGGAGUCUAGGUCCUGUGACUGUGGGAAUGUUGCACUGAACAGGAGAAGAGUAAUUAACACAGAAGAGACAUGAAGCGGUCCUACAAAGCGUUAAUAGGACCGGUGCUAUGGUGGGUGUUUUGCUUGGCAUGGAUCGAACGAUCGUUAGCGCAGGAAAAACCAACGUUUCGCAUAAUAGCGCCCGAGUUUAUCUGUAAUCCGACCCAAGGUCAUGGCAGCACACCCGACAGUGCAGCGGCCGGUGGUGUCACCGGUGGGAAUUUCACACAAUCCGCAUCCGCACGCCACCUAACGAUCGGCUUUCAGACGAAUGGCGGGCAGCAGCUGCACUACCGGGUGAAAGCGUACUUUACGCUGCUGGGCGACACCGGAUUCAUCAGCCAGCGGCAUACGGUCGGGCUGUGGCGGGCCGUACGCCAGCUCGAGCAGCGUGUCCGGCGCGAACGGGACGUGAUCGCGCAGCGCGGACAGAUGACGAUCGGUACGGACGAGCUGGUACCGGGCGUAGUGUACACGUUCGGCGUGGUCGCGCUCGAUGCGGCCGGCGUGGAGAGUGAGGAGCAAAACUUCACUAUGACCUACCGGGACGCGAACCAGGGUGCCUCGUUCGAGCACGGUGGGUCCACGCGGGGCGGUAACGACGUGUCGCUGGUAAUGCUGGGCGCCGAGCGGACGUACGCGGACGUGGACUAUCUCGUGACGGCGCAGCUCAUAUUUUGUGUCCGGCGGGUGGAUUACUUCUAUCGCUGGACCAUCGCCGAGGACGGGGGCGCAACGACAGCGAACCGCUGGCGGUUGCGAUGGAACGCUCCAAGACGCUUACCGUGCCGGCGGGUACGUUGCUCCCCGGCCAGGCGUACGACAUCGAGGUGCGGGUGUAUUACGUCCAGUGUGGAUGAAAUGAUUGCGAGGGCACACAUGACGGUGCGCGUUUUGCGCCGUGUCCCAACAGCUGUGCUGUUUCCCGUCGAUGCCGUGGUCGGCAUUGAUCAAACCGUGCGGGUGCGAUCGUACGUGUCCGGUGUCGAGGAGGGGAUGGUGUGGUCCUGCCAGAGCUCGAAUGCGGGCGGCAAUUGUGACGACACGUUCGAGGUGAGCGAUGGCGAGGCAUUGGUAACCUUCUACAAGGAGGGUCAGUACGUUGUGCAGGCCUCCAUUGCCGGCGGGGAGGACCGGGAGUCGGAACCGCGGUGGACGUCGCUGUUGGUGGUUCAUCCGAAGGUUACACCCGCGGUUCGCGUGCUCCAGUGGUCUCAGUAUCCGGCCGUUGCCGGGGAACCGUUCGAGCUGCUCGUGAGCGUGGCCGGACUCGUGCCGAACUGUUACUCCAACUGGACCGUGCUGCAGGAGGAGGGCGGCUUCGCGUAUUUUGAUCCCGCGCAGCUGCCGAACGGCCGCACCUUGGGUGGUCUGUUCAUACGCGAUGUGGAGGAAAACUUUCUUGCCGAGCUGGUGGACUAUGGGAACGACACGGUCGUGAAGGAUGUGCCAUUGUCCAUUCCGGGUAGAUCGCUUACCGGACCGUGGAAGGGGCUGGAACCGAACGUGCGCUAUAAAUUGCGCCUGGAAACGGUUUGCCCCGAACCGAUCGACGAUAGCAACCCGGGCGGACCACAAGCUCCACGCAACCCGAUCAAAAGCCACUGGACGUUCGUGCUGGAGACAAAUGGAGCACCGGAAGCUGUGCUACCGAUGGUGCUGACCCCGAAAGCGAAUGGAACAGCCCUAGACACCGUGUACAAGCUGGCGACCGGGAUCGCGAAGGACACCGAACCGGACUACCCGCUGCGAUACAGCUUCUGGUACGUGGCUGACGGUGUGGACGUACACGUGGCCACCUACUGGGAGAUAACAUCGGCCGAAACGGUUCUUCCGUACAGUAAAACUGGUUGCGUCGGAACGUACGCGGUCGUGUGUGAUUCACGCAGCGCCUGUUCGAAGAUCAUCGGUCCGGACGCUUGCGUGCUUCCCGGGGCUGAACCAUCAGCGGAAGCUGUACUGUGGGCGCUGGAAUCGGUGGAGGCAUUUUUCGAUCGGCUCAACUAUCGCGAUGCGUUGAAAAAUGCAUUCGAGCUGUUGAUAACGCUGCGCAACCGGCACUUGCCCCAGUACGACGGCGCGUACCGCCGGUUCGUCGAGCAGUUGCAGCAAUCCAUUGCGCACAUCCGCAAGAUGUACGCGGAAACGGCGUACCUGUCCGAGGCCGCAAUCCAGGAGUUCAUCGUGCAGGCAAAGCCCCUGCUCGAUCUGGAAGAGGCGAACAAUCACGCGCUGUUUGAGCAGUUGCUGGAGCUAAUGGACGCGUCACCAAGGCCGAAACGCUCCGUACCAGCGCCCUCAAUGGUUGGAGGUGCGACCAAACUCAACACCAAGCUGCUACUGAUGGAGAGCUUAACUGUAUCGAAAAACGUGUCCGUUGCGCGGCAGGCACGUACGAGUUUGUUAAGCUUCGUGCAUCAGGCCGCCCGGAACUAUUGCGCGCUCGAGCCGCACUACGUUUUUGUGGGCCAGCUGCUUACGCUGGAGGUGAAUCGCUACCGUAGCGUUGCGGAAAUGAACGUUGGCCACGUGCUAGUUCCGAACCACGUGCUGCUCAGCACUCCCGCCGGCCGCGGCCGGCUGCUGGACACCUUCCCCGAGACGGAGUAUUUCUGUCUGGGGCGCGUAUACUACGCCCGCGAUCUGUUUGUCGAGCGGGCCGAGCAAGCGCACGAGCUGGACCUCGGCUUCUACGAAGCGUUCGUGCUGUCGGUGGAGAAGGGCGGCAUGUGGACGCUGGUGGACUGGAGAAAUGACUACUUUCUGUGGUCGCUGGACGGACGCCGGCUGCCGAAUGUGACGUGUCAAACGUGGGGCAACGGUGUAUGGAGCGGCCGGGACUGCACUACCGUCGAAACGGCCACGGAUGAAGUGCGGUGUAAUUGUACCAAGCUAGCAUACCUUAGAAUCUCAAAUGAAACAGAACCAGCCCCAAUCGAGGAGUCGAGUGGAUACUCAUCAACGGAACCCUAUGCAAUGUUCUCGACAAGCGGUCUCCAGUCUACAGUCGCUCCCGAACCAGGAAACACUCCCAUUGUGGUGAGUUCGGAGCCCGAUUUAAUGUCUACGUCACCGGCAACAAGCGUGCGGCCGACCGUGAUUGCGUCCGAUGUUGUAACUGCUACCGAAAGCGAUAUGGUGACUCUGCCAGACAACGCGACCGAGCGUACGGAAACCUUUCCUAUCGUACCGUCACCGAACACGUCCAUCGCUCACCAGAAUGGACCGAGCGCUCUUCUUCAGGGCGGUAACGAAACCGGCCCCACCAACAAUCACACCAACCGAUCGAUGGCGGUUUCUUCGCUCGGAUAUACGGUCGUUGGAGCACUGGCUGUUGCUGCGCUAACGCUGGUCGUGUUAACCGUAGCGUACCGGAGGCGCAAAGCCGUUCUGCGUCUGGCCGAUGAGCUACAGACCGUACCGUCCAGAGCACGUACACAGCCGUCGCCGCACGUGCGGUAUGCUCGGUUUCAAGAUGAGCACAAUAUGACCGGCGACAACGUGUCCACCAUAUCGGACGUACUGGCAAUCUAAGGCGCACCAUUUGAGUUGUGGUUUUGAGUGUUAAUGAACCGACCUGCGUUUAAGCGUUCGCACGCUUUCCCACCAGAAGUGAUCUCAAGAUAUCUUUACACCUCACCCUGCUUCUAUUAUCCUACGACCCAUUACAUGUGUGUGUGUAUGUAGUUGCCACUUUUGUGAUUUUAGCGUAGUUUAUGCAUGUACAAUUUCACAACGAUAGAUGUGAGCAAAGGCAAUAAUCACGUUAUAUUUGUAGAAGCUGAUAUAUUUUAUGGAAAAGUAAAUUCUUCGUCGGUUUUGGAGGCAAUAAAAUAC